AUGGGUGCUAGUUGCAAAGAUCAGAAAAAAGCGCUAGCUAUCUGUCUUCAGAGGUCGCCCUGUGUGCUUAUCCAAAGGCAUUCACCAAAAGAAUGCCUUUCAGACCCUGAUCUUCGGAAAGACCUACCUGAGCUUUGUGCUGCCAACUUCAGAGCAUUCAUCGAGUGUAAGAACGGUUUCUUCGACAUGAGGAAGCGUAUGAGAGGCAAUGCACCAUUGUCGACCGGCAAGUACGACGAUACAUACGAGAAGCUCUCCAGCGGUGACUUUGAUCCACACGAAGAGAUGAGAAAGCUAGAAAGACUUAACAAGAAUCUUGCCAGACUGAGGGAGUCCAAAGAGGAGAACUAA